AUGUCAAACAAAAAAUAUAAAAUUUUUUCAACAAAAAAUAAAAACAUUAUUCAAAAUGCUAUAGAAAAAAUUAAAACAACAGAAAACCAAACUAUUCUACUAUCUAUUGCAGUGUUUACAAGUGCAAUAAUGUUUUUUCAAAGUAAUUGGGCAGAAAUACUUAUACCUCAACUUUAAUUUAUAUUUUAUUAAAUAAUUCUUUACAAAAAAAUAGAAAAAAAUAAACGUACA